AUGUCAAAAUCUCAUCCCUACAUUCGUGCGAAAAGCCACCAAUUAAUGCGUGAAGGAUGUUGUCGUCAUCGCGAGGCUGAGUAUCUUCACGGCGAUAAACGCUGCUAA